ACGAACAGAAAAUGGCAAUAAUAUUUUAUUUACUGCUGAUGCUCAGAGUGGGGCGAUGCUCAGACGAUCAGAACUUUGUGACAAAGACUAUCGGACAAAGUGCGACUCUGACAUGUACCCACCAGAGAUCUCAAGACGUUGAAACCCUUUUCUGGAUCAAGCUUGUAGCCGGAAACUUGCCUGACAUUUUGGGGAAAGCAUCGAGCUUUGAUGAGAAGAAUGUGAAAGAAAUUUCUCACAUGAUUUUAAAACAAGAGCCUGGAAGAUUUGUUCUCAAUAUAACAGAAACAAGGCUGACAGAUACUGCAUUUUACUACUGUUUAAAAUCACGACGUUUCAGCAUCACGUUUUUAAAAGGAGUGUUUCUUAGAGUUGAAGGACCAGAACCUGAUAUCACAGCCGUCGUUCAAGUCCCUCCAUCUGAUCCGGUCCAUCCAGGAGACCCAGUGACUCUGCAGUGUUCAGUCCUCUCUGACUCUGAGAGGAAAACAUGUCCAGGAGGACUCGGCGUGUACUGGUUCAGAGCUGGAUCACAUGAAUCUCAUCCCAGUGUCAUUUACGCUCCUGGAAACAGUGGUGAUGAAUGUGAGAAGAGUCCUGAGGCUCGCUCUCCACACAAAUGUGUCUACAACUUCUUCAAGGACGACAUCAGCUCCUCUGAUGCUGGGACUUAUUACUGUGCUGUGGCCACAUGUGGACAGAUGUUAUUUGGAAAUGGAACAAAACUGGACGUUGAAGUUGGCAGCACGUGUGAUUCACAGAAAGCCGACACAGUUCUGUAUCUGGUGUGUGCUGCUUUGGCUUUAAGUCUGGUUCUUGUAGCCUUCCUUCUUUAUGCCAUCAGGAAAAAAUCCUGUGAUUGUUGUGACGCUGUUGUCACUCUGCAAGCAAAUGCUGCAUCAGCCAGUGGAGAUCAGCAAAGUCAGCAGAGAAAUGAGGAUUCUUUGGUUUAUUCUGCACCAGACUUUACCAGGAGGAAAGCCGUCAAAUCAGGGAGAAGAAGUGCAAGAAAGGAGGAGACGAUCUACGCUGAAGUCAGGGCUUUUGUGAUGGAUCCAUAAUCUAAACACUGGACAUGCUAAUUAAUGCUAAUAGACCUUUCUUGUGAAACACUGCUUUAGCAGCGCCGGUGCUUGCAUCACACCGUUAAGAUAAUAUGAAAAAUUGGACAAUCUCAAAUGUUUUUUGUAUAAUAUUUAUAUAUUUUGUCCAAGUUGUGCAAACACAUUAAUUUUUGAGUCCUGUUACUUCAAAAAACUAAAUUAAUCAUUAUGUUGAAAAUAAGCCUCUUGCUUUGUUUAUCUUUCUCUUAUUAAAGGUUUCCACUGUAUCUGUUAUGUAGUUACAAGCCCGUUAACAUCCUCUCAAGAAUCGAAUCUAUACAUCAAUAUGAUGCAAAGCAGCUGCACUCAGCAGAAUUUAUAUCUGUGUAUAUGUGUUUUCUU